AUGGCUUAUUUGAAAACCCCUAGUUGGGUCGACCCGAACACGGAGGGGAAGGACGUCGAUUUUUCAGAGGAAGCAUCAUGGGCGGAAUCGAGAUAUGAUGUGUCUAAUGGCUUCAGAAGCAUGCUUUAUGCGCUGAGGAACUCUGGCACCCUCCUCCUGAUCCUACUAUGGAACUCGAUGCAGUACAAGUCCCAUUUUGUUGCGGUUGCUAUCGGUGAGGCCUACUCUCCAUUCCUUGCAUUAGAAAUGACACUCUACAUUGCGAACUUGCAACAAAGGAUGGUGAGGUCAAAAACUGAGGAGCUGAGGGAAGAGCUAGAGAGCAUCGAGACAUGGAGGUGUGACAUAGAGGUGGGCGACGGCGGUGAAAAAGUGAAGGAGAUGGAGGAGUUGAAGGGGUCGUUUGGGAUGUUAAGGAGUGGAAGUGAGAGUCUUGUGUGGGAAUUGGAUGACUUGUUCGAUGAGAUUGUGGAGGCAAAGAAGAAGUUCUUGUAUCUUUCCAGUAGGAGAUAA